UUAUGUGAAUUACUUCCUUUAGGUUGAUGUUUGAUAAUGAAUACAAGCACACAUUGUCCAAACUGAACUCUGAAUUGAAUUCAGAAACCUCAGAACAUUUCUUAAAAAAUAAGAACUAUAUCUUAAUUUUGAUAUAAUCUUGAGUUAUGUAUAUUUGAAACGUACUGCGAAUGAUUGCUUGAGUGUUGUCUAUCCAUUCUUUAGUUAGUGAGGCAGUAAUAAUGGACAGGCAUUUUCCGGAGGUCUGUCAGGAUAAUGAAUGUGCUUUUGUGAGACUUGAAAAAGGAUUUUAAACAUGUGUAAAAACAACUUCCAGUCUCAAGGAAAAUGAUCUGUCAGAGUUUCUUCUCAGAUGUACAAUUACAUGCUCCCUGAAAACUACUCAUAUGUGAGAAAAUGUUCCAUGGCAAAGAGCAGUUAAACAUCCACCUCCAGACCCACGACCCCAACAAACAAGAACUGCGGUGUGAAGAAUGUGGCAAGCAUUACAACACUCGCCUCGGUCUUAAACGUCACGUGGCCACACAUGCCACCUCUGUCACUGGUGACCUCACCUGUAAGGUUUGUCGUCAGGUGUAUGAGAGCAUGUCAGCAUUGCUAGAGCACCUAAGUACGCACACUGGCCGACCUCCUCCAGGGACUGUGGUUCGGGAAAGAAAGCACCAAUGUGAACGCUGCGGCCGUCGCUUUUUUACUCGCAAGGAUGUCAGGCGCCAUGCGGUGGUGCAUACAGGUAGACGAGACUUCUUGUGUCCACGUUGCGCCCAACGUUUUGGCCGGCGCGACCACCUCACCCGGCACCUGAAGAAAAGCCAUGCGCAGGAGCUGGAGACCCUGAACUCGAUGCCUAUUAAAGAAGAGCCCAGUCCCACAAUGUGCUCUGUUGGAUCUCCAAAGGAUGCAACAGAGGCUUUUUCAAUGGGCAUGUUCAACCCACAAGGCCUGCCUAGUGCAUCUAUAUCAGGGGUCAAUCAUAAUCAUUCAGUGGUUUCUGGCCCCCUGUCCAACCCCAUGGGGGUAGGCUGCUACCUUGAUCCGAGCAAGCCUCAACCGCAGCAGUACCAACAGGCUCAUAGAUAUCAGCCUAGUUCCACUACCUCAUAUCUGAAAGUAGAGAUGGAGAACUUCCUGACCGAACUCCAGUGUGGGCCUAUGCCACCGCAAGCUGCUGUGGCGACCACAGUCGCUCGGCCAGGCGACCUCCUCCCUGAAUGCCUUGCAGGUCAGAGUGCCCAUUUCACCCUCAGGAACUCAGCGUUCACCUCAGCUGAGCCCCCUUCCAACUCAGCCAACAUGGACCUUUCACAUCUGCUGGGGUUCCUGCCAUUCGGCCUGCCUCCUUACAGCACUCCCUUGAAUUCUGGAAGCCUCGUGAUGGGAUACUCCACCCCCACCACUGCUGCAUCCCCAAGCCCUACCUCUCAGCUCUCUGGGCCAUUUACCUCAUUUCAGCCACAGUCACUGCAUGAGCCUCAGGCUUCAGGGCACUUAAACCAGCUCUCUGGUUUCUCUCCAACUCUACCUCGAUUCCAUCAGGCUUUCCAACAGUGAUGUUACCCAUGUCUACUAUGACCUGCCAGUCAAAUGCAACAAUAUAGCUUACAGGUAAUAGAGCUGUUCAGUCAUGGCGUGAAUUUGUAGGCCAACCUGGAAGGCUUAUUCGCCAUAGGUAUCCUCGCGAUUUCCCAAUGGGUUUUUAGAAUAGCAUUUUUUAAAUUUAUGAGCAAAAUAAGUUCUGUGGUAAACAGUACCGAAGAGACUUUACCAUUUAGUUGUACUAUUUAAUUACAUUAAAUAGUACUAAAAGGUCCUUUUUUUGCAUCAGUGUAAUGACUCCGGACGGACACAUUACAAAGAUUCUGCCCUUCCAACAAGUGUUUAUGCCGGUUUAUGCUAUUUUAAUGGUAAAUGUGUUAAAGGUGAUUAAGAAAAAAAAAAUAAGCGUUAAAUGUUGAGUAAGCGAUUCCCGAAAAAGACUUUUGAUAUUUGAACUCAACAGCCGAACAAACACACCCCUCCCUUCAGUGCUCCUUUAGAAGCUUUUUUCAGCGCGCACAGAACAGACAGCUAGCAGACCAUGAAGAGAUAUAUGUGGAAUUUGACGAAGUGUAUCGGAUUAAAAUGACUUAGUCCACCUUUUUUUAGGCUUAUAGGCUUCACAUUGCUGCCUUUAAACCCUUGGCCCCAUUCAAUUCCACUGUAAGUGCCUCACUGUAACCUUUUAAUUCGAAGGAGGAACAAGUAAAAAAAUAUUCUGUGGUAAUCAACAUUAUGCAGCAAUUGCUUUCGAUUGAGCUUAAUUUGUAUUUAACCUAGAAUAUUCCUUUAAAACAAAUCACGAAUGGUGAGUCAUCUGUUGACUUUCAUAUUAACACAUUAAGAUUAUUGAAAUAAAUCUCUGAAAAUUGAAAUAACUUUGCUAAAUCAUUACUUUUCAAAAUCUUCAUGUAGUCAAGCCCCUUCCAACAUCAUCUAGAAAUUUUAAUUUUCCACUGGUAAAUAUGACUUUGCUGGGUCAUUCAUGUGCUCGGAAAGCGUGAUUGCAAUAUUUCAGACUUCUCUUGAAGGCAAUGUUAACCACAGACUUCACUUUACUCAUAAAUUGAAAACCGCUAUUCUAUAAUGGCUCAAAUGCUAAUUCUCUUCUGGAUUUUAGGAAUACAAACUGAACGGCUUUAUGAACUGCAGACCGUGAAAUUGUCUUCAAGUCAAGUAGAUCCUGUAGAAAUAGAGCAAGUUGAUUAGCAAGACAUCGUUGCUUGGAUAGAUGGAGUUUUGCUUUUAGAAUAGAUUUAACUUUGUGUUUUUUCCUAGAUGGUCUUCCAGGUAACUGUUUUGUAGUGAUAAACUGAUUUGUAGUAUGAAGUGAACUUAUAUAAUUCAUUUAAAGAAAAGUAAACAGAAACAUUAGAAAAACAAAUACCUCAAAAGUUUUUUUGUCAAGAAGUAAAAAAAUGGUAUUACAGUGUUCUCCGUUGUAUAACGAAGCACUUUUUUUUCUUUCUAUUUUUUCAAUGGCACUUGUAUGACUAAGAGUCAGACUGAACUGUGGUCUUUGAUUUACCUCUCAGCCUACAGUCACUCAACACAAAAAACCUACCUCUCUAAGCUGAACCCUUGUAAUGAAAAGGAGCGUCCUGUUUGACAAGAAAUUAAGCGAAUCCUCACGCAUUCCAGUGUGUGAGGAACAUUAUCCCAGCUGAAUUGUUUUUUUUUUUUUUUUUAAUGCUCAAAAUGUGUAGUUUUUAAGAUUUUAGAUUCAGAUGAUAGCAUUAAUUAGCUUGUGUUGAUUUAGCCUUUAGGUAAACGUUUAUAGGCGCAGUUGUGCUCACAUCCUUAAUGCUAAUGAAUGGAAUCAUGGUUUUUAGUGGAGACCUUGUCUCCUGUUAUCCCCAUAUCUAUAUUAAUUCCAAGGUAUUUUAUAUGUGAAUGCAAAUUUGUUUUAGAAAAGUGCAUUGAUUAUUCUGGAAUAUAAAGUCAAAAUGAAAAGUAACAAUUUGUUUAAAAUGAAGUAGCCCAUUCUGACAAAUUCCCACAGUGGGAACUAAGUAAAAUGACAUGCCUUUAAUUUCUUACAAUUUUGAGUAAUUUUAGUGAUCUCUUUUAAAGCGAAUUGAUCGUGCUGGCAAUAUUUGUGUCCUGCAUAUAUGUCAUACUGUAUCUUAAAGGUGAAGUAUGUAAUUUCUGCACUUCUAGCAGCACCAAACGAAAUUGAAACAAUUAUGACUGAUUUCAAACAAGUUUGAAUGGCUUACUUGCAGUUAUUUCUGCAUAUUAAAAUGGGAUGAGAGAGAGUAUUAAUUGAAGAACAUCUAAACCUCAGAUUACACACUUCACCUUUAAAGAAUCUGUUUUUAAAACGGUUGUGCUAGUUUUACACACAUGAUUCCCACACUACAAAGUUUUCAUCCUGAAGAUUGGAUGGUAAUUUGCCUGGAUUCAGGAGCUUCAAAUAUACAUGCAUGUUAUAGCUGAAGCACUUCAUGUAUCUCUCCAUGUAAAAUAAGGAGCACUGUCAGAAAAAUAUUGUUUUACAAUUUAACUUUUAAUAGCAUUUUAGUACUGUCUCUUCUUUCAACUCAGUGUUAUGUUUAUCAGUAGCCUGUAAGGUUACUGAGAUGCUAUGGUUUCGGUUCCAUUUUGUUCAGACCAAAAUGAAGGGAUGUAUACAGGAAACAUAGAAAUGUAUAGUAGGAUUUGAGUAAUGAAUUUGGUAGGGCAUUACCUUUGGCUGAACUGAAAUGAAACCAACUCAACUGUGAUGUUUAGACUCAGACUGAUCUACCUCAGUAAGAUGCACACUGUGCAAAGCUGUACUGUACCUUUAGUGAGAAAUGUAAUGUUUCAAUGGCUGUUUAGCAGGAGUAAAGGGGUGUUUUACAUCUUUAAAAUUCCCAGCAUUGGCAUUUUUGUGUUCAAAGGACUGUUUGCUUUCAUCAACAUUUUGAAAACAAAAGUAAAUGUGAAAAAGCGAAUACAGAAACAAUGUUAAGGAUGAGUUAAGAAAUAAAGCAUCUUG